AUCUCCGCCAUUUUACACUCUUCCGCCUGUACUUAUCACUGUAACCAAAAGGGGAAAAAAAAAAUCACUGGACCCAACAGAAAGCUAAAACUUAUUACUAAUAAUUUCAAAGAAAAAGGAGCGUAUCAUCGAAGCGGAAGCGGGAUUCGCGGUGGUAACUAUACUGCGAUGCCUUGUUCUUCGAUCGAGACUAGCAAUAAUUUUUGUGGUGGCGGUGACGGAGGUGAUGUGAAUGGGCGUAUUCACAAUUUCAAGCUGAACGAGCACACUUUCUUAGCUUCUCUGAUGCCGAAGAAGGAGAUUGGCGCCGAUCGCUUCAUUGAAGCUCAUCCUCAUUACGACGGUCGCGGCGCCGUCAUCGCAAUCUUUGAUUCUGGUGUUGACCCUGCUGCUUCUGGCUUGCAACUGACAUCAGAUGGGAAGCCAAAGAUCUUAGAUGUUAUUGACUGUACUGGGAGUGGAGAUGUUGAUACCUCAAAAGUGGUGAAGGCUGAUAAAGAUGGUCGAAUUCAAGGAGCUUCAGGGGCUUCAUUGGUUGUCAAUUCUUCUUGGAAAAACCCUUCUGGUGAGUGGCAUGUGGGCUAUAAAUUGAUUUAUGAGCUCUUUACUGACACUUUGACUUCACGUAUAAAGAAAGAAAGAAAGAGAAAAUGGGAUGAAAAGAACCAGGAGGAGAUUGCAAAGGCUGUAUUGCAUCUUGAUGAAUUUGAUCAGAAAUAUACAAAAGUGGAGGAUCUAAAAUUGAAAAGGGCUCGUGAAGAUCUCCAGAAUAGAAUAGACCUCUUAAAAAAGCAGGGCGAUAGCUAUGAUGAUAAAGGACCUGUUAUAGAUGCUGUCGUAUGGCAUGAUGGAGAAUUAUGGAGGGUUGCUCUUGACACUCAGAGUCUUCAUGAUGAUCGUAAAUGUGGGAAACUGGCCGAUUUUGUGCCCCUAACUAAUUACAGGAUUGAACAGAAAUAUGGCAUAUUUAGUGAAUUAGAUGCUUGUACAUUUGUUGUUAAUGUAUAUGACGAGGGAAACAUCUUAAGUAUUGUUACAGACUGCUCCCCUCAUGCUACUCAUGUUGCUGGUAUUGCUACUGCUUUCCACCCACAGGAGCCCUUGUUAAAUGGUGUUGCACCUGGAGCCCAGAUAAUUUCAUGUAAAAUUGGAGAUGCACGCUUAGGUUCGAUGGAGACUGGAACAGGCUUGACACGGGCACUAAUAGCUGCUGUGGAGCAUAAAUGUGAUCUGAUCAACAUGAGCUACGGAGAACCUACAUUAUUACCUGACUAUGGACGCUUUGUUGAUCUUGUUAACGAAGUCGUGAAUAAAUAUCGUUUGAUAUUUGUGAGUAGUGCUGGUAAUAGUGGGCCAGCAUUGAGCACAGUUGGUGCUCCAGGUGGUACCUCUUCAAGCAUCAUAGGAGUUGGUGCAUAUGUCUCUCCUGCAAUGGCUGCAGGUGCUCAUUCUGUAGUUGAACCUCCACCCGAAGGGCUUGAGUACACUUGGUCCAGCCGAGGACCAACAGCUGAUGGAGAUCUUGGAGUUUGUAUAAGUGCUCCUGGAGGGGCUGUUGCCCCUGUUCCUACUUGGACUCUCCAAGGGCGCAUGCUCAUGAAUGGAACAUCAAUGGCGUCUCCAUCUGCUUGUGGGGGAAUCGCACUGCUUAUUAGUGCUAUGAAGGCUGAGGGAAUUCCUGUGAGCCCAUAUAGUGUAAGGAUAGCUCUUGAGAAUACAUCCAUUCCUGUAGGUGGUUUGCCCGAAGAUAAGCUAACCGCUGGUCAAGGGCUUAUGCAAGUUGACAAAGCAUAUGAAUAUAUACAGAAGUCUCAAGAUCUUUCAUGUGUUUGUUAUCAAAUAAAGGUUAAUCAAUCUGGAAAAUCAACUCCUAUAUCACGAGGCAUCUACCUAAGAGAGGCUACUGCUUGCCGACAGUCUACUGAGUGGGCAGUGCAUGUUGAACCAAGGUUUCAUGAUGAUGCAAGUAAAUUAGAACAAUUGGUUCCCUUUGAGGAGUGUAUUGAGCUGCGCUCUAGUAAUAAUGCAGUUGUGAGAGCACCUGAGUAUCUUCUCCUCACUCAUAAUGGGCGCACCUUCAAUGUAGUUGUUGAUCCCUCCAAUCUGGCUGAUGGGCUGCACUAUUAUGAAGUAUAUGGAAUUGAUUGCAAAGCCCCAUGGCGUGGUCCUUUGUUCAGAAUUCCAAUUACUAUAACAAAGCCCAAGGCUGUAUUGAAUCGGCCACCACUGGUCUCAUUCUCAAAGAUGUCAUUCCUUCCAGGCCACAUAGAACGAAGGUAUAUAGAAGUACCGCUUGGUGCUAGUUGGGUUGAGGCUACCAUGAGGACAUCUGGGUUUGAUACUAGUAGACGAUUUUUUGUUGACACCGUUCAGCUCUGUCCAUUGAGAAGGCCUAUCAAGUGGGAGAGUGUUGUAACAUUUUCUUCUCCUACUGCCAAAAGCUUUGACUUUCCUGUUGUAGGUGGUCAAACAAUGGAAUUAGCAAUAGCUCAGUUUUGGUCAAGUGGCAUGGGAAGUCACGAGACGACUAUUGUAGAUUUUGAGAUCGUCUUUCAUGGAAUUGGAGUCAACAGAACUGAAGUAGUCCUUGAUGGAAGUGAAGCACCCAUCAGAAUUGAGGCUGAAGCACUAUUGGCCUCUGAAAGACUUGCCCCUACUGCUACUUUAAACAAGAUAAGAGUUCCAUAUCGACCUACUGAGGCAAAACUUUGUACUCUUCCAACUAAUCGUGACAAAUUACCAUCAGGGAAACAGAUACUGGCAUUGACACUAACUUACCACUUUAAAUUGGAAGAUGGAGCAGAAGUGAAACCGCAUAUUCCAUUGCUCAAUAAUCGUAUAUAUGACACAAAAUUUGAGUCCCAAUUUUACAUGAUUUCUGACACAAACAAGCGUGUAUAUGCAAUGGGUGAUUGUUAUCCAGCCUCUUCACAACUUCCAAAGGGUGAAUACUCACUGCGACUGUACUUAAGGCAUGACAAUGUCCAGUACUUAGAAAAAAUGAAGCAAUUAGUUCUGUUUCUGGAAAGGAAUUUGGAGGAAAAGGACGUUAUUCCAUUGAACUUUUUCUCUGAACCAGAUGGCCCUGUGAUGGGGAAUGGUACCUUUAAAUAUUCUAUUUUGGUUCCAGGGAUAAAGGAAUCAUUUUAUUUAAGUCCACCAAACAAAGAUAAGCUUCCAAAGUGUUCCUCACAAGGAUCUGUAUUGCUGGGAGCAAUAUCACACGGGAAGCUAUCAUAUGCUGGAGAGGGAAAAAAUCCACAGAAGAAUCCUGUAUCAUAUCAGAUAUCUUAUGUGGUGCCACCCAGCAAGAUUGAUGAAGACAAAGGCAAAGGUUCUUCUUCAGCUAGCACUAAACCUAUGGCCGAACGUUUACAAGAAGAGGUUCGAGAGGCAAAAAUAAAGGUUUUUGGAAGCCUGAAGCAAGAUAGUGAUGAAGAUCGCUCAGAAUGGAAAAAAUUAGCUCAAUCUCUCAAGUCUGAGUACCCUAAGUACACUCCAUUGCUUGUAAAGAUCUUGGAAAGUUUGCUUUCACGAAGCAAUAUUGGGGACAAAAUCCACUAUUAUGAAAAGAUUAUAAGUGCGGCAGAUGAGGUGAUUGAUAGUAUCGAUGCAGAUGAACUGGCAAAACUCUUUUCACUUAAAGCUGAUCCUGAGGAUGAGGAUUCAGAGAAAAAUAAGAAGAAGAUGGAGACAACUCGUGAUCAAUUAGCAGAAGCACUGUACCAAAAAGGACUUGCACUGGCUGAGAUUGAAUCUAUAAAGGGUGAGAAACCUUCAGCCUUGGCUGCAAGUGAAGCUGUCAGCUCUGAUCUCCGGUCAGACUUAUUUGAGGAAAACUUUAAAGAACUGACAAAAUGGGUAGAUGUGAAGUCCUCUAAAUAUGGCACCCUCUAUGUACUGCGGGAGAGGCGAUUUGGGAGGCUUGGAACUGCACUGAAGGUACUAAAUGACAUGAUUCAGGAUGAUGGAGAGCCACCAAAGAAGAAAUUGUACGAAAUGAAGCUGUCAUUGCUGGAUGAGAUUGGAUGGAAUCAUUUAUCAACGUAUGAAAGACAAUGGAUGCAUGUGCGGUUCCCACCAAGCUUGCCCCUGUUCUAAGGUUAGUAAAUUUUAUGAGACCCAAUUUCAAUCUGAUGAAAAACAUUGAACAUUUUAAGGAAUUGAUGAUAGCUUGUCAUAAUAAUAAACCAAGGAGAUGAUUGUACUUUCACCCUUAUCUGUCGUACUAGAAAAACACCAUGACGUGUUUUUCAUUACUAGAGUGGGGGAUUUGUUUGAGGUCAGUGUUGGUCGUGCAAUUAUGGAUGAACGUUAUCACUGUUUAAUUUUAUCUUUGUAUGCUUUGUAUUAGAAUAAGCUAAAAUUUUAAAAAAAAAUCAAUGUCAUAAUUUUCAGUAA